UUUCAUGUCAUCACCUAAGAACUGAUUGUCAGUGUUACACCUCUUUAUUACUAUGUUCAGUCUGACAACAGAAGCAGGAUCUCUUUCCACAUUCCUUAAACAGCAGGAUGCCCUUCCAUCUGAUGUGUUGGGCAUUCUUGGGUCUGUGGUCUUGGAAUAUUUUAUGGACAACAGGCCUUUCUUACCCGAAAGCUCUGCCAUGCGACAUCAGUGAGGCCAGCAAUGGCUCGGGGCUCAAGGUGGACUGCACCGAAAGAAACCUUAAGGAAAUCCCCCCUGGCAUCCCCAGGGACACCACCAACCUGACUCUCACCAUCAACCACAUUCCAAUGUUGAACUCCACCUCUUUUCACAACCUGGACAACUUGACAGAGAUUGACAUGAGGUGCAACUGCGUCCCUAUCAAAAUCGGCCCCAAGGACCGCAUGUGCACCAAGAGUGUGACGAUUGAGGAGAACACCUUCACGGCACUGAAGAAACUGCGAGCGUUGUAUUUGGAUGGGAACCAGCUCAACGGUAUCCCGAAAGGCCUUCCAUCAAACCUGAUUCUCCUGAGCUUGGAAGUGAAUCACAUUUUCUACAUUUCCAAGGAAAACCUCUUUGAAUUAAGAAACAUCCAGGUGCUCUACCUUGGUCAAAACUGUUACUUCCGUAACCCCUGCAACGUUUCCUACGAUAUAGAAGAUGGCGCUUUUCACCAGUUUAACAACUUGACGUUAUUGUCUCUGAAGUCAAACAACCUAUCAUUCAUCCCACAUAACCUGCCCACAAGUUUGAAGGAGCUUUAUCUUUAUAACAACAACAUUCAAAAAGUCACUGAUGAUGAUCUUAAGAACUUAACUAACCUUGAGAUCCUUGACAUUAGUGGGAAUUGUCCUCGCUGUUACAAUGCACCUUUCCCAUGCACUCCGUGCCCAAACAACGCACCGCUUAGCAUUAGCAAGACAGCUUUUGAGAAGCUGACAAAGCUAAAGAUCCUACGUCUGCACAGUAACUCCCUGACACGUGUGGCUUCGGAAUGGUUUGCUAAAACAAAAGAUCUCCGAGUUCUUGAUCUGUCAUCCAACUUUUUAGCAAGAGAAAUCGGAAUCACUGAAUUCCCGCUGUUCCUAGGGAAACUAGAAGAGCUUGACCUGUCAUUUAACUAUGAGCUCCAGCGGUAUCCUCAAAUGCUGAGGCUGAGCUGCAGUUUUUCCAAGCUUGAGUCUCUUAAAAUCCUCAGACUCAAGGGUUAUGUGUUUCAGCAGCUAAAGCCAGAGAGCAUUGCUCCUUUGAAACAUCUACCUAACCUGGAAGUCAUAGAUCUCGGUACAAACUUCAUUAAAAUGGCAAACCUUAGCAUUCUGAUGGAACUUAAAAGUUUUAAAGUAAUCGGUCUGUCUGACAACAAGAUAUCAUCCCCGUCCGACGUUCAAGAUAAUUUUGGCUUCACCGAUGAUGAGCCUUUGCUCUGGUCACCAAUGCCAAAUAGUGAUCAGUACCGCAACAAAGAAGUGCGAGAGAUUCAUUACUUCAGAUAUGACGAAUAUGCACGCAGCUGCAAGUACAAAGAUAAAGAACUCGGAGACAUCACAUCUUUUGUUAAAAGUGAAUGUAGUAAUUUUGGCAAAACCUUAGAUGUAAGCAGGAACAACAUAUUCUUCCUGCAUUCAAGGUUUUUAAAUCUCACUGAGCUGAAAUGUCUAAAUCUUUCUGGGAAUGCAAUGAGUCAGAGCCUGAAUGGAUCAGAAUUUACAAAUCUGAAAAACUUACAGUACCUUGACUUCUCAUCCAAUCGCCUAGACCUGCUGUACUCCUCUGCAUUUCAAGAGCUUGAAAAUCUGGUCAUAUUAGACAUUAGCAAUAACAACCAUUAUUUUGAGUCAGAGGGUGUGACCCACAUGCUUAACUUCACAAAGAAUUUAACAAAACUCAAGACUCUGUUCAUGAACCACAACAAGAUCUCUACGUCCACUAACACAGAGAUGGAGAGCAAAUCCCUAGAGAGGUUAGAGUUCAGGGAUAAUCGCUUGGACAUGCUGUGGAGAGAUGGAGACACUAGGUAUGUUAACUAUUUUAAAAACCUACUUAACCUUACUGUCCUCGAUAUCUCUCACAACAAUCUCAAUUUUAUUCCACGUCAAGUCUUUGGUGGCAUGCCAGACAAGUUAUCUGAGCUCUACAUCAGAAGAAACAAACUUAAAUCCUUUGCAUGGGGGGAAUUACAGCUCCUGCGCUCUUUAAAGAUCUUGGACCUCAGUGAAAACCAUCUAACUACAGUCCCACGUGUGCUGUCAAACUGUAGCACAUCACUUGAGAAAUUUAUACUGCAUAAAAACCAGAUUGUAAGACUUACACCCAAGUUUCUCAUGGAUGCAUUCAAUUUAAAGUAUCUGGAUCUAAGUUUUAACCACAUCCAGUAUGUUGAAGAAUCCAGCUUUCCAGAUGGCGUAGUAUCACAGAUGGACAUGCUACUCCUGCACAAAAACAGAUUCAUGUGCACCUGCAACGCCACUUGGUUUGUGAAAUGGCUCAACACCACCAACGUGACCAUCCCUCAACUCGGAACGGACGUCGCCUGCGUGGCUCCUGGUGCACAGAGAGGUCAUCCGGUGAUCUCCGUGGACUUGCUGGCUUGUCAACAUCCCUUCCUGUCCAUCAUCCUCUACACCCUCAUGACGUCCAUUGUCCUCAGCUUUCUGACCCUGUCCAUCUCCAGCCACCUCUUCAUGUGGGACGUCUGGUACAUCUACCACUUCUGCAGGGCUAAGCUAAAAGGGUACCGCCGGCUGCACUCUCAGAGUGCCAUCUAUGAUGCUUUUGUGAUUUAUGACAAAGAAGAUCCAGCUGUGUCAGAGUGGGUGCUGAAGGAGAUGUGCACCCAGCUGGAGCAGGGUGGAGACCGUGGCUUGACUCUGUGUCUGGAGGACAGAGACUGGAUCCCUGGAUGCCCCUUGAUUGAUAACCUCUCCCAAAGCAUCCACAAGAGCAAGAGGACUGUUUUUAUUCUCACCAGAAAAUACAUCAAAGGGGGGAACUUCAGGACGGCCUUCUACAUGGCCCACCAAAGACUGAUGGAUGAAAAAAAUGAUGUGAUUGUAUUGAUUUUCCUGGAAAAAGUCUCUUGCAACUCAAAGUAUCUGCGAUUACGGAAGCGGCUGUAUAAGCGCUCUGUACUCGAGUGGCCUGCAAACCCUCAGGCACAGCAGUAUUUCUGGUUCAGCCUGAGGAGUGUUUUAGCCACUGAGAGCCACAAACAAUACAACAAUCUUUUCAAAGAAACACUGUAAAAAGGAACA